CAACAAUCCCGUUGACUUUUUUUUCCAUAGAGUCUUUGUAUAAAAGCCGAUCUCACCACAAUAUCGCUUUCCCUCAACACACACCCCUUGCUACCCGUCUCUUUUUCACUGUGAUGUGCUCAUUGCUUUUGCCUACCGCACCAUCGUUGUCUGUGGUUCGUAAAUCGGAAUGCCGUACUUUUAUUGACCACAAGUCGGUUCACGUUGUACCACUUGGAUGGCAGUCCAAGGCACCGUCUGAUAUCUUUAUGCACAUUGCUGAUGGGCUUGCCAUGCAGCAAGAAAUCACCAAUGUUUCGAUUGACUGGUCACGGACACUGGAGCGCACAAUUACCUUUUUGAUCGAUUCAUGGGUGUUUCCCCGCGUCGACAAACGCUCCAUCUCAAUGCAGGAUCAUCGAGAAAAGUGCAAGGCCGGGCUCCCAGGAGCGGCGUAUCAGCAACAGCCAUUAUGGACCAAAACAGAGGCGUACCAAAGAAGCAAGAGAGCCUAUCCUGACAGCUUACGGAUCAAUUUGGCGGAGCGCGAGAUGAUGCGACAUGCCAAAAUCACUCGGCCACUCAAAAAGCGCACGGGGCUACCGAAACGAACGGAUCAGUUUAUGUGGGGUCGUCCGAGCACCCUGAGGAACGUUUCUCAGUAAACCAUCCAUGCAACCUCUUUGUUUAUAAUUUUGUCCUUACUUUUGUCCUUUCUUUGUAUUUAUUGUAUCACUGUUUAUCUUGCUUUUUUUUUGUUUGUUUUUCACGCCAUCCACCGUGAUGAUAUGUAUUUUAUUUUUUACCAAAAUCUGAAUAGAACCAAUCACCAUCGUUACAUUAGGUGAAUAGAC